GAGAAAGCUGGGGCUGACACCCGUACACCUGGACACCGCACGAGCAUCGCCCGUGACAGCGCCCCGGGUCCGGUCGAGGGCAGCGGGGGGAGGAGGGAAGGAGGAGGAGAAGGAGGAGGAGGCGGGAGCAGCAUCCGGAGCGGAGCUGCAGCAGCGCCGCCUUUUGUGCUGCGGCCGCGGAGCCCCCGAGGGCCCACCCUUCACCACCACACCGGGGCCCAGAGGCCAUGGCCUGCCUCCAUGAGACCCGCACACCCUCCCCUUCCUUUGGGGGUUUCGUGUCCACCCUAAGCGAGGCGUCCAUGCGCAAGCUGGACCCAGACACUUCUGACUGCACCCCUGAGAAGGACCUGACGCCUACCCAGUGUGUACUUCGGGAUGUAGUGCCGCUCGGGGGCCAGGGUGGGGGCGGGCCCAGCCCCUCCCCAGGUGGAGAGCCGCCCCCUGAGCCUUUUGCCAACAGUGUCCUGCAGCUACACGAGCAGGAUGCAGGGGGCCCAGGGGGAGCCACUGGGUCCCCUGAGAGUCGGGCCUCCAGAGUUCGAGCGGAUGAGGUGCGGCUGCAGUGCCAGAGUGGCAGUGGCUUCCUGGAAGGCCUCUUCGGCUGCCUGCGCCCUGUCUGGACCAUGAUUGGCAAAGCCUACUCCACAGAGCACAAGCAGCAGCAGGAAGACCUUUGGGAGGUCCCCUUUGAGGAAAUCCUGGACCUGCAGUGGGUGGGCUCAGGGGCCCAGGGCGCUGUCUUCCUGGGGCGCUUCCACGGUGAGGAGGUGGCUGUGAAGAAAGUACGGGACCUGAAGGAGACUGACAUCAAGCACCUGCGAAAGCUAAAGCACCCCAACAUCAUCACCUUCAAGGGCGUGUGCACCCAGGCUCCCUGCUAUUGCAUCCUCAUGGAGUUCUGCGCCCAGGGCCAGCUGUAUGAGGUACUGCGGGCUGGCCGCCCUGUCACCCCCUCCUUGCUGGUUGACUGGUCCAUGGGCAUCGCCGGUGGCAUGAACUACCUGCACCUGCACAAGAUUAUCCAUAGAGAUCUCAAGUCCCCCAACAUGCUAAUCACGUACGACGAUGUGGUGAAGAUCUCCGAUUUUGGCACUUCCAAGGAGCUGAGUGACAAGAGCACCAAGAUGUCCUUUGCAGGGACAGUAGCCUGGAUGGCCCCUGAAGUGAUCCGCAAUGAGCCUGUGUCUGAGAAGGUCGACAUCUGGUCCUUUGGUGUGGUGCUGUGGGAACUGCUGACUGGUGAGAUUCCCUACAAAGACGUGGAUUCCUCCGCCAUCAUCUGGGGUGUGGGAAGCAACAGUCUUCAUCUGCCUGUGCCCUCCAGUUGCCCAGACGGCUUCAAAAUCCUGCUUCGCCAGUGCUGGAAUAGCAAACCACGAAAUCGCCCAUCAUUCCGACAGAUCCUGCUGCAUCUGGACAUCGCCUCCGCCGAUGUACUCUCCACACCCCAGGAGACUUACUUUAAGUCCCAGGCAGAGUGGCGCGAAGAGGUAAAGCUGCACUUUGAAAAAAUUAAGUCAGAAGGGACCUGUCUGCACCGCCUAGAAGAGGAGCUGGUGAUGCGGAGGAGGGAGGAGCUCAGACACGCCUUAGACAUCAGGGAGCACUAUGAACGGAAGCUGGAGAGAGCCAACAACCUGUACAUGGAACUUAAUGCCCUGAUGUUGCAGCUGGAGCUCAAGGAGCGGGAGCUGCUCAGGAGGGAGCAAGCCUUAGAGCGGAGGUGCCCAGGCCUGCUGAAGUCACACCCUUCUCGAGGCCUCCUUCAUGGGAACACAAUGGAGAAGCUCAUCAAGAAAAGAAAUGUCCCACAGAAGCUGUCACCUCACAGCAAAAGGCCAGAUAUCCUCAAGACUGAGUCUUUGCUACCUAAACUAGAUGCAGCCCUGAGUGGGGUGGGGCUUCCUGGGUGUCCUAAGGGCCCCCCCUCACCAGGACGGAGUCGCCGUGGCAAGACCCGUCACCGCAAGGCCAGCGCCAAGGGCAGCUGUGGGGACCUGCCUGGCCUUCGUGCAGCUGUGCCAACCCAUGAACCUGGGGGACUAGGAAGCCCAGGGGGGCUAGGAGGGGGACCCUCAGCCUGGGAAGCCUGUCCUCCAGCCCUCCGUGGGCUCCACCAUGACCUUCUACUACGAAAGAUGUCUUCAUCAUCCCCAGAUCUGCUGUCAGCAGCACUGGGAGCCCGGGCCCGGGGGGCCACAGGAGGAGCUGGGGAUCCUGGCUCACCACCUCCAGCCCGGGGUGACACCCCCCCAAGUGAAGGCUCAGCGCCUGGCUCCACCAGCCCAGAUUCACCUGGGGGAGCCAAAGGGGAGCCUCCUCCACCAGUAGGGCCCAGUGACGGUGUGGGGCUCCUGGGAACUGGAAGGGAAGGGACAGCGGGACGGGGAGGAAGCCGGGCUGGGUCCCAGCACUUGACUCCAGCUGCACUGCUGUACAGGGCUGCUGUCACCCGGAGUCAGAAACGUGGCAUCUCAUCAGAAGAGGAGGAAGGAGAGGUGGACAGUGAAGUAGAGCUGACAUCAAGCCAGAGGUGGCCUCAGGGCCUAAAUAUGCGCCAGUCACUAUCUACCUUCAGCUCAGAGAAUCCAUCAGAUGGCGAGGAAGGCACAGCUAGCGAACCUUCCCCCAGUGGCACACCUGAAGUUGGCAGUACCAACACGGACGAGCGGCCAGAUGAGCGGUCUGAUGACAUGUGCUCCCAGGGCUCAGAAAUCCCACUAGACCCACCUGCUUCAGAGGCAGUUCCUGGCCCUGAGCCCAGUUCCUUGCCCAUCCCACACAAGGACCUACUCAGAGCAGAGCAGGGCCCUCCCAGUUCUGAGGACUCAGACUGUGACAGCACUGAACUGGACAACAACAGUGGCGAAGGCGUGCAGCCCCCAGCCUCCCUCCCUCCCUGAAAGCCACUCUUAUUCCUGUACAUAGAGAAAUAUUUAUAUAAAUAAUAUAUAUGCGCCACAUAAUCAACAGAGAAAGAUGGGGCUGUCCCAGCCUUAAGUCAGGCUCAAGGAGACUGACCCCUGACCAAUUCACCUGAUAAACUCUGGGGACACUGGCAGCUGUGGAAACGAAGGACAAGUACUACCCUAGAGCUGUGGGGAAGGGCAAACCGGCCCCUUCUGACUUCACCCAUUAUGUUCAGCCAGCAGUCAGGCAAAAGAAAAGCCAGACUUGCCUCCUAUGUUCUCUAGACUCUUUCCCCCAAAUUAAGGGGAGCAGGAAAGGGAGCCACUUAGACUGCACUUUUUUUUGUUUUCCAUUUACUGUUUACACAUUUUGCACUUGGGAGGAGGGAGGCUAAGGCUGGGUCCUCCCCUCGGAGGUUUCUCAGGUGGCAAUGUAACUAAUUUCUUUGUCCCUCCAUUUCUUUGCCCAAGCUCUGGCUUAGGGCCUAGGGGGAGGUUAGGAGAUUGUGAAAGCAUGUGAUGGCUCAGGCUGAAGGACUGGGGUGUUGUGUAAGUCCCUGCUUUUAUCCUGGUGCCUGAUUGGGGUGGGGACUGUCAUAUUGUAACCCCUGUGAAAAACCUUGAAAUAUAACCACUCCAUGCAGGCCCA